CUUCCCUGAUUUGAUUUCAAACCAAAUUGUUUUCACCUAAAAAAAAAACAAAUUGUUUUCUCUCUUUUUUUAAAAAUAUCAUAAUUAUAUGUGGGAUCAUUUUAAUUACGUUGCAUCCCACAUAAAUUUUGAUGAAAAAUGAAGCUCUUCUGAUUUUUUGAUGAUUCGAGCUUGCUGAUUUUCAGGUAAAUUGGAUCGAACUCCGAGAUUCUUCUUUGAUCCAACAGAUUCUUACUUUUUUCGCAUGUGAAAAAUCUUACAUUGCAUCAGAAGCUAGAUUGAGGGCUGGGCUUCAUCAUCUUGCUUCAAUAUGGAAAAAUAUGGAGCAAAGAAUAUCUUGAUGACUGGUGGUGCUGGUUUCAUAGGCUCCCAUGUUGCAAACUGGCUGACACGAAGCUACUCCGAGUACAAGAUUGUUGUUGUGGAUAAGCUGGAUUACUGCUCGAACUUGAGGAACCUCGAGCCCUCUCAAUCUCUCCCUAACUUCAAAUUUGUGAAAGGCGAUGUUUGCAGUGCUGAUCUCAUGUAUUUCAUACUUGCUACGGAGGCCAUAGACACGGUCAUGCACUUUGCUGCUCAAACGCACGUUGAUAACUCGUUUGGUAAUAGCUUGGAGUUUAUCAGGAACAAUGUAUAUGGUACCUGUGUCCUUCUCGAAGCUUGCAAAGCCUUUGGUCAUGUUAAGAGAUUCGUCCACGUUAGUACUGAUGAGGUUUAUGGAGAGACGGAUGAGGAUGCUGUGGUAGGCAACCAUGAGGCGUCGCAGCUUCUCCCCACGAAUCCAUACUCUGCAUCCAAAGCUGGAGCUGAAAUGCUUGUUAUGGCGUAUGGCCGGUCAUAUGGAUUGCCUGUGAUAAUCACGAGGGGGAACAACGUUUAUGGUCCCCAUCAGUAUCCGGAGAAGUUGGUUCCUAAAUUCAUCCUCUUAGCCAUGAAAGGGCAGCCUCUCCCGAUUCAUGGGGACGGCUCCAACGUCAGAAGCUAUCUAUAUUGUGAAGAUGUAGCAGAAGCAUUUGAUAUCAUACUCCACAGGGGUGAAGUUGGACACAUCUACAACAUUGGGACACAAGAGGAGAAGAGUGUCAUUGAUGUGGCUGAGGAUAUUUGUCGGCUUUUUUCUCUGGACGCGUCCCUUGUGAUCAAGUUUGUGGAGAACCGGCCUUUCAACGACCAGAGGUACUUCCUGGACUCUCAGAAGCUAAAGAAAUUGGGAUGGUCGGAGAAAACGAAAUGGGAAGAUGGUCUGAGGAAAACCAUGGAGUGGUAUGUUAGAAACCCCGAUUGGUGGGGCGAGGUUUCUUUAGCGUUGCACCCUCAUCCGAGGAUGCUUUCCGUGUCCCGGGUGGGGAAUGAUCAUCACAAACCUGCUGCUGAAUCAUCUUAUACAUUACAGAAUUCUGAUCAGGACCAACAAGGUCAUAGAGAAAAGGGAUCAAUUGAUGUGUGCAAAAGCAGACUUUAAAGAUUUUUUUCUAAUGUAGAAUUAGGCCAUUUAGCAAUUCAUUUUCAAGAAUAAGACAAACAAAGAGUAAUCCAUCAGCUUUCCCAUUUGUAUAUAUCAGCCAUUGUUUGAUCAUUGAUCUGGUAAUCACUCCUCUCCUUUCAUGUGUGUGACUGUGUGAGUGGGACGGCUGCAGAAGGCGCUGCCAGAAAGAAGAGGCUCGAUUUUUCUCAGGCUUCAGCGUUAGGCGACGCAGUAGACUAUACCUAUACAUGAGGUCCAAGUAUUUACUACAAAUACUCACAUUGGUGUUUCCUUUGUUGCCAGUUGCAGGUAAAGGGGCUUGGCACAAAAAUGCAGCAUUUCCCGGAAUCCGGUGGAUACGCUCCUUUCGUUUCGAUUGUAAGUUACUGUUUUACAGUUUCUUUCAGAGAAGCCACAGAUUCAUCCAGAAGAAUGGCUUAUGAACACAACAAGAUUUUCACAAAAAAGACUUAACACUCACUAAUGUUUCUCAUCUAAAAUGCAUUUAUGUAGAUUUUUAGCUGUUUAUUUUUAUCUGAGGGUCUGAGGCCUUGCACAUUUACCUGCCAUUGGAAAGAGUUUAUGCAGCUUGUAGAGCCUAUUUUAGUAAAUUAGCAUAUGCUUCUGACUUCCAUAAGUUGUAGAAUUCCCAGUUUUGCUUGAGACAAUGGUUAAACUCAAAUAUAACUUCUUAUGAUAGUUAUAUAUGUUUGAGUUUUUCUUAGUGUAACUUCAUUGAGAGUGAUAUGAAGCUAUAUAUUUUUUUCAAAUAAAA